CAUUAUGGUAUUGUCGUGCGCGGCGUCGUAAGGAAACUCGACGUAAAAGCUCCGCGGCGAAGGCAUCGCGUCUCACAGCCGUUCACAUCGUCACGCGACGCGUACUUCGGGUACCUGGUCCCUCGCGGGUGGACGCACUUUCUCGAGGGUGCUCUCCUCUCCUCGAGUUUUCUUCGAAUUACCAGAAGUGCCCAGUCGCCGGACAGCGUUGAAUCACACUCCGCUCGAUAGACAACGUGGGAACGUGCAAAUCGCUCAUCGAUCUCUCGUCGAUCGCGUCGCGCUACGCGAGAACCCGUCCGUUAAUCUCGCAAGCUCCCGGCUUGCGUUCUGUCAGUCUUCACGGGAAACCGCGUGGCACCUGCAAGGGUGCCGACUAGUCUGUGUCGCCUUCCUUCGAGGAUCACGCGUCGCAGUAACAUGACAUCUCGCAUGAGAUCGAGCGCAAUGAUUUUCCACGGUUUCGUUGGGUAAUUCUCGCGGAGGUCCAAGCAACGUCGAUGUGGACACUGAUUUUACUUGGUUUCAUUCUCAAGUGCCUGCUGAAGAAGCUACGUCGGAUAGAUUCAACCCGAAUCAACACGUGGCAGGUGCACACGCCCCCCUCGUUAGAACGUCGCUUCGUAGGGGAGAAGAUCAAGUCCCACGGAUAAACCGGAACCGGAGUUGUUUGGACAAUCGUGGAAAUUCGUUCGAGGCCACCUACGAGUAUCGAUCGCGAAAGAUCCGACGCAGAAAUCGUUGAGUGACAACGCGUGGGCACGGGGACGACUUCUCUCAUGUGAUCUCGUUGCGUCACGACGCGUAUGAGUUUUCAAGCUUCGGUGCAUGUUGAAGCGGGGAUGAGUGCGUCUGCCAGAAGAGCAUGUGAGUAAAUGGCCGUGGAGGGACCGUGUCAGUCUUCAAACGACCUACUAUGGGCAUCUGCCUGGACACUGAUCAGCAAAAUGGAUCGCAGGUGUUCGACGAAAGCGAUGCUCGGGCUACAGGAAGGUGGCGAGGCGAGGCUGGUCUUUUGGCGACUCCACCAGAUGGACGCUUCCCGAAGCAGAAUGUUGGUCCGGUUAAAUUCGAGAUCCCAGAGGUUCCCGUUAUAUUCGUCCUUGGUGGCCCUGGAAGCGGCAAGGUGACAUAUUGCGAUAAUUUAAUACAAGAGAAGAAAGGAAUAACGCAUAUCAACAUGAUGGACCUUCUUCAACAAUAUGCACUGGGAAAUGAUAUGCAAGAUUUCGGACAACUUAGUAGUAAGACUGUCACAGAAGUGCUGAUGCUUGAGAUGAAGAUGUCACCAGGAGCCAAAGUCUUUCUCGUAAGUGGAUAUCCGCGAAAUAUGCGCGACGUAGUAGAAUACGCCGAAAAAAUUAAAAUCGUUAACGGCGUGAUUCUCGUUUCGUGGCGGCAAGAAGUGUUGGAGCGGCAAAUUGACUUCGGCGCGCAACUUGGACAUGUUAUCAUCGGAUUAGCUAGAAUGGAGUUGCAUAAUUUUUACAGGAACGUCAUGCCAGUUGCGGAAUAUUUUGAUCAAAGCGGAAUGUUACUCGAGGUAAACGGGGAGCGUAAUCCGAGUGAGGUGUACGUCAGUUUUCGAGAUGCCGUCCUCAGGAUUCUUGGUAUGUCAAGUGGCGAGGCUCAUGAUCAGAACGUGCCUCAAUCCCUGGAAGCUGAGGUCGAAGUGGAAAGGAGAAAAGAAUCAAUUACAAGUUUACCGCUACCGAAACAAGCCAUGACCGAAACGAUGCCACCUCCGAUAUCGAUAAACCUAUCGACGAAAACCGGCGAAAAGGCGCGAAAAGGCUUACCAGCAUUUAUCUGGGUCAUAGGUGGACCAGGAAGUAACAAGUCGAGCCUUUGUGCGCAAGCCGUAAGCAACGUGCCGGGUUGGCAACACGUAAGCAUCGGGGGACUGUUAAGAACGAUGGCAUCGUCGAACGUGGUCGUGAACGACGCCAUCGUCUCCGGCGAAAUGGUCCCGCACGACGUCGUGAUGCAACUCGUGGAACAGCAAAUCCUCCUGAAUCGAGACACGGAUGGUAUCGUCAUGGACGGGUAUCCGAGGGAUCUGAACCAAGUGCAAGAAUUUCAGACCAAGUUUGGACAAGAACCACCGUUGGUGCUACUUGACUGCUCCAAGCUGCAACUCGGAAGAGGCAGGCUGGAUGACAGUGUUUCGGCGUUCAGGAAACGACUAGAGCUCUUUCGUGAGAUGUCUCUUCCUAUGCUAAAAACACUGGACAGCGACAAUCGAUUAAUAAUCGUGGACGGUGAUACAGACGUGCCUAGUGUGCAACAAGAUUUCACCGCUGUGUUGAAUCAAUUGAUGCAGCAAGCAUGUCGCAAAGAGGAAAACGAUCCGCGUGGUCCUCGUUCUCUUGCAAAUAAGGAGCAUCCAAAAAACGGAGUACGCGCCAUGAACGAGCAAAAUGAACGUGCUAUACCUAAUGGUAUCGCCAAACAAAUUAAUAGUAUAUCUAAUCACGUUAGUAAUGUAGAUGUGACAAAAACUGUAAACGGAAUUACUGCUCAAGGCAUGGCUAUCUCUAAUGGUGUGUUGAACAAUAUGAAGCACGUUCAACAGAAUGGUCAUAUUUAUCAAAACGGUAUCGCGAAUGGUGCGGCGCACAUGCUACAGAAUGGCGUGGGACAUUUAGCCAACGGCAUCGUAUCUGGCAACAAUAAGGUCACACCCACGAACAACUACUUGCCAAAGGAUCCCAUCAGGAAAAUGUACAACGAAGUCGAAAGCUAUCAGCAAAAUCUUCAUAUAUAAAAUAUAUAUAAAAGUGCGACGUAGCCCGCUGACGAUUAAUCCUUUUUAAUAUCAUUAAACACUUUUUUUACUCGACGUCUUGGCGAAGGGAUGGUCUCGGGCUACGUGAGACUUUUGACUGCAUUAAGAGUCUUGGUAAUUAUGCUCACGUGUGUCUCUCAAUGAUGAGUUUGAUGCCUUUCAGAACAUGGUGCCUUCUUUAGAGUAUAAAUGUGAAACUUAAACGGUAGAAAAGAUAUAUAAAUAUACAUAUAUAUUCCGCUACAAAGAGCCAAAACUGAAAUUAUAAAAUUAUUAAAAAUUCUAUCGCGCGGAUGAUAUUUCUGGGAAAAACGUGAAAUAUUCUAAUUAAAUGACAAAAGUGUGGAAUAUCAUGUAUAUUUUUAUUUCACUAAAGUUCUUCUGUUUAUUAGGAAAUAACGUUUUGUCCCUUCCGAAUUUGUUACUUUAUUCGCGCACGUAAUAUAUAAUUUCUAAGGUUGAAGAGAAUAGCUAAUCAUUUUAUUUCCCUUGUACAUAUUUCUUUAUAAAUUAUUUAGAUUUUUACUUGGAGUCGUAUAUACACGUUUAGAAUGUCAGUAGCUAAAUUUAAGUAUGAUAUAGUCGGAGCACACGAAUUAUACGAGUUAUAUUGUAUAACUGUUGGAAGAACCGUUUAGUACGCCUGAAGAUAACGAGUACAUGUGAAAUGGAUAACAAUCAAAUUUCAUUAGGGACACACUCGAUAGCAAACAUAAACUCCAUGCUUAGAACUUACAUAAAUGGCAAGAGAACUGUUAUUGAAUCUACAUUGAUUUUGGCUGAAAAAAUUAUUGUAAAAGAUAAAUCAAUUUUAAGUGAAAUAACAUAUCCAGUUUUGUCAUCUUAUAAAAAUGACUGCAAUCAUUGCAAAACUAUUAUGGUCAGAAAAUCUACUUUUGAAAUUUUACACAAGUUUUAAACCAUUUUUUUAAGAUCACAAUAUGAUUAUAAUUAUGAUUAUUAUGUAUAAUGAUAAUGAGACGAGAGUUCGGUGUCUGUAAUAAAAGCAACAUCAUUCGAGGCACUAAGUGCGGAAAGAAAAUGUACCUGAUAAAAGUGUCGAGGUGACGAAGAUGAGCUUGAUCUUUUAUAACUCAAUCCGCGGGCGGAUUUGCGUUGAUCGUUAUAACAGAUUAAAAAUUUACAAAAAUAUUUUCACACUUGCUACUCUCUCUAAAUUGUUGUAUUUCAUUAUAUAUAUAUGUAUAUACAUAUACCGAAAAGAAUCGAUCGGUGCCUUUGAUUGCGCUGUACGCUGUAACAAUUGCCUUACAUUUUUGCAAUAAUAUAUCUAAUAUAUUCAUCAAUUCUCAAUCUUAUUUUUUCUGUAAAACAUGUACAUUCAGAUGUUAAUUUAUUGUAAUUUCAUGGAAAACACUCGUAACUUUGCGAUGAUACGUAUUUAAUACACUGACUCUAUAGGAGAAUGAGAGAAUGAAUUGAAAUCUUCAAAGACUUUACAGCAAAUAAUAAAUUAAAAUAUGAAAGAAGCUUGCAUUAAAAUAUUCAGUUACCAUUAGGUUUAUUGUUAUUAUUUAUUAAAUAGAGAGUACUUAAUGUAGAGAGAGAAAAAAAGAUUUUUAGAUUUUAUACAAAUAUGCGAGAUGCAUAUGCAUCAAUGGCAUGAUGUAAUAUAUAGCAAAAAAACAUAAUAUAACAUAUAGUAUUGUAGUGUAAAGCUCCUUAAAUUAUUUUAACUUAUUUAGUCGGAGUUGAAACCGUAAAGUAUUGAAUUGCAUUAGUACGGCAAUAAAAAGUAAUAUAUAUUUGUUAACACUUGAAUUAAUACACUGGAUGAGAUGAGAUUAUUCAAACAAAAUGUGAUGAAAAGUUUAAAAAUGUGAUGUCACUUUUUAAUAGAAUCUUAUUUUAUUAAUUGACGUAAUAUUGAUCCAAAUUUGAUUUUGGAUUUACACAACUCUUAUAUAACGUGAAAUCAAUAUUUGAUUGUACAAGCUGUUUGUUUCUGCGUCUAUUUUACAUUAUAUCAAACGUAUUUAAGAACUGAAAUGGAAAAUUUGUUACAUAUUACGUUCAGUGUUGUAUGUAUUUCUAUGACAUUAAACGCAAUAAAGGUGUAGAAACACUGAUAA